CCGGGGGGGCGGGGAGCCCAGGGCUGGGAGAAGGUGCUUCCAUCUUCUAUUCAUCCUGGCUCUUGUCUGCUGAACCAGACCUGGCUCCCUUUCUCCCCCUACCCCUACAUCUCCAGGCACUGAGGAGGAGGGUGGUCACUGUGGGGAGCGAGCCCCUUCUUCUUGGUUCCCCAGGCAAGGCUGCCCCGCCCCGGGAUGGCACAAAAGAAAUAUCUACAAGCAAAACUGACCCACUUCUUAAGGGAAGACAAAAUUCAACUUUGGAAACCUCCAUAUACAACCGAGAACAAAGAAGCUGGUUUGGUGUUGAAGGAACUUGCAAAGAAAUAUUCAGACAAGCUAGAAUGCUGUGAAAAUGAAAUAGAAAAAAUUAUUGAAGAAAUACGGUGUAAAGCAAUUGAACGUGGAACAGGAAAUGAAAACUUUAAAACCACAGGUGUUGCUACAAUUGAAUUAUUCUUGCCUCCAAGACUAAGAAGAGAUAAGAAAACCUUCUUGGAAACCAAACUGCACAUCACCGGCAAAGAACUGAGAUCACAAAUAGCUGAAACCUUUGGAUUUCAAGAAAACUACAUUAAAAUAGUUAUAAAUAAGAAGCAACUUCAAUUAGGGAAAAGCCUGGAAGAGCAAGGGGUCACACACAAUGUGAAAGCUUUGGUGCUUGAGCUCAAGCAGUCAGAAGAGGACGCAAGAAGAAAUCUUCAGGAAGAAGAACUAGAGCAAAGUGAAGCUGACAAAAAGGAAAAGAGGAUGCAGAGAACAAAGCGAGGCCUGGAAAUACUGGCACAGAGAGCUGAGACUGUGGAUCCUGAAACAACUCCAUACUUAGAAAUAGCUAAUCAAACAGGCAGAUCAAUCAAAAUACCCACAGCAGAAAAAAAAGCCCUUAUGUUAGCUAUGGGAUAUCAUGAAAAGGGUCGUGCAUUUCUGAAAAGGAAAGAAUAUGGAAUAGCAUUGCCGUGUCUGCUGGAUGCUGACAAAUACUUCUGUGAAUGUUGCAGAGACUUGUUGGAUACAGUAGAUAAUUAUGCAGUGCUUCAGCUGGACAUAGUGUGGUGUUACUUCCGUCUGGGACAGCUGGAAUGCCUUGAUGAUGCAGAAAGAAAGCUAAAUGUGGCCCAAACAUGCUUUAAAAACUGCUACGGGGAAAACCACCAAAGACUAGUCCAUAUAAAAGGAAGUUAUGGGAGAGAGAAGGUACUAUUUUUAAGACUUUACUUGCUUCAAGGAAUAAGAAACUAUCAUAGUGGUAAUGGGGAGGAGGCUUCUGAAUAUCUCAAUAAGGCACAGCAACUCUAUGAAGAGCUGUCUAUAGAUCCUCUAAAAGUUCACAGUUUGUUACAGUUGGGAUUUACUGCUCAGGAAGCUCGACUUGGCUUGAGGGCUUGUGAUGGAAAUGUAGAUCAUGCUGCCACCCAUAUUACCAACCGAAGAGAGGAAAUUGCCCAAAUAAAGAAAGAGGAAAAAGAAAAAAGAAAAAGAAGACUGGAUAACAUAAACUCUUUGAAAGGAAUGGGCUAUUCGGCUCAUGCUGCAAAAGAAGCUCUCCACCAGGCAAGAGGAAACCUGGAUGAAGCACUCAAGAUUCUUCUUAGUAAUCCUCAGAUGUGGUGGCUAAAUGAUGCAGAUCCUGAGACUAGCAACAACCAGGAACAUGUUUCUCAAGAAAAUAUUGAUAAGUUGGUAUAUAUGGGUUUUGAAGCAGAGACAGCCAAGACAGCUCUCAGAGUAUUUAGAGGAAAUGUUCAACUGGCUGCUCAGACACUUGCUCAUAAUAGCGGAACUCUUCCGUCUGACUUACAAAUACCAUCUGAAGAUUCUUCUUCCACCUCAUCAACAAAAUCCCCUUCAGAUUCUGCUGGUACUUCUAGUGCCUCAACAGAUGAAGAUAUGGAAACAGAGGCAGUCAAUGAAAUCUUGGGUGAUAUUCCAGAACAUGAAGAAGAUUAUCUUGACUCAACUCUAGAAGAUGAAGCACUGGUUAUUGCUGAGUACUUAUCCUAUGUAGAGAAUAUAAAAUCAACAAGCCAGAAAAAGUAGAUGACAAAUUGAAAUAAGUACCUUAAUUUUGUGCUUAUAAAUUCUAUCUGUAUAAAAAAAAAAAUCUAAUACAGUCCUUCAUUUUUUUUCUUCUUCCCUAUUGCUUGCUUUGAGUACUUGAAAGAUAUUCCCAGGAUAGGGGAUAGGGAAGAUAAAGGACUAUAAAGGCAGGGACCGAGGAAAUCCCUGAAAUGUUUAGUAGUUGGAGCCAUGGUGGGGAGGGCAUAAAGAAGGGAGAUUGUUCUGGCCUAACUUGCUUUUUGCUGUCUUCAUUCAAGCUUGGCCUCCUCACCUUGGUCUACCUGGCCCCACUUCUUUUUCCUUGCAGGUGAGAUUGGGAGCUAGAGAGGGCCAUUUGGAAAAAAACAGGGUUUCCCUAACCCCUUAAUGUAGUUUCUGGCUUUGUAGCUGUGGACCUUGACCCUCCUUCCUCCUAAGACCGAGCUCUGGAUAAUUUUUCUUCACAUAGUGCCUGUCCUUGCCUCCGAAGCACUUGUGCCUUUCUGUAUCAACUUGGCUGCUACUGUCACUAAAAUUGUUUUAAAUCUCUAUUCCAUGUGCAAAAAAAAAACAAACAGAUGAGUGCGCUGCAGGUACAGAAUAAAAUAAUGGUAAAUGA